UCGCUGCAUGUUGGGAUAUGUAGUCUCCAAGCCCAAACGCUGCGCCGACCCCACCUCCCAUUGUCGCCUCGCUGCCUGCCUCUCGCAGCUGCUUGUCAACAAUAACCGCACGCUAGGGGCGGCGGCUACGCUUCCCUGUAUUCAGAAAGGGCCUGUGCACGCUUUCCCCACAGCCCUCCUAGCCGGGGCUGGCUAAAAGGGGCGUAGCCACCACCAUGGCCGGUUGUUGUCAGUCGCUGGCAGCGGGUUAUGGCGACGGCGGUGAAUGAAUUCUCCGGGCGGCAGAGGGAAGAAGAAGAGCUCAGCCGGCUCCAGCUCCCCGCCCCAGGCCCCCGGGACCUGCCCCUCCGCCCCGGCCGGGCCGGCUCCCCCCCUGCAGCAGCAGCAGCAGCAGGCGGCGGCGGCGGGGGCGGCCGCGGCGUCUCCCCAUAAGCGGAACCUCUAUUACUUCUCCUACCCGCUCUUCGCCGCCUUCGCGCUGCUCCGCUUCGUCGCCUUCCAGCUCGGGCUGCUCUUCGCCUGGCUCUGCGAGCGCCUCUCCCGGGGCGCCCUCAUGGCCGCCAAGGGCAGGGCCGGGGCCGGGGCCGGGGCCGGCGACGCGCCCGAGCCCGGCGGGGCGCCCGAGACGGUGCGAGCCUGUCACAAGCGAGCCUUCGAGUGCAUCUCCGUGGCGCUGCGCAUCGAUGAAGAGGAGAGAGCAGGACAAAAGGAACAAGCUGUUGAAUGGUAUAAGAAAGGAAUUGAAGAACUGGAGAAAGGAAUAGCCGUCUUAGUUAUUGGUCAAGGUGAUCAGUGUGAACGAGCUCGACGUCUGCAGUCUAAAAUGAUGACAAAUUUGGCUAUGGCAAAGGAUCGUUUGCAGCUUCUAGAGAAGCUGCAGGCAGUUUUGCAAAUUCCCAAGCCGCAAAUGGAGGUCUAUAAUGACAGUACUAACCUGGCAUGCCGCAAUGGACAUCUCCAGUCAGGUGGGUUUGGUUUCACCAGCACCGAAUUAAUCAGGGGAUGUCUGUCAGUUUCUGAAUGUGGAGCUGUUCCAAAAAAGAAGGAUCCAUUAACGCACACAAGUAACUCCCUUCCUCGUUCAAAGACUGUUGCAAAAACGGGAUCCACAGGCCUUUCUGGUCAUCAUAGAACCCCUAGCUAUAGUGGGAUAUCCACUUUCUCUGUAUCUAGACAGGGAGCCAAUCCUGCAACUUCAACACACAAGGCUACUUCAAAAAAUAGCCGAACAAACAAGCCUUCUACUCCUACAACUGCUGCUCGAAAAAAGAAAGACUUGAAGAUAUUUAGAAAUGUUGAUAGUAAUCUUGCUAAUCUAAUUUUGAAUGAAGUUGUUGACAAUGGGCCAGCUAUCAAAUUUGACGAUAUCGCUGGGCAAGAGCUGGCUAAACAAGCACUGCAAGAAAUUGUUAUCCUUCCCUCCCUUAGACCUGAGUUAUUUACAGGACUUAGAGCUCCUCCACGUGGAUUAUUGCUGUUUGGCCCACCAGGAAAUGGGAAGACUAUGCUGGCCAAAGCAGUUGCUGCAGAAUCAAAUGCAACCUUCUUUAACAUAAGUGCUGCAAGCCUAACUUCAAAAUAUGUAGGUGAGGGAGAGAAACUGGUGCGUGCUCUUUUUGCAGUAGCCAGAGAACUUCAGCCGUCUAUAAUUUUUAUAGAUGAAGUUGAUAGCCUUUUAUGCGAAAGAAGAGAAGGUGAACAUGAUGCUAGUAGGCGUCUAAAAACAGAAUUUUUAAUAGAAUUUGAUGGCGUACAAUCUUCUGGAGAGGACAGAAUACUUGUAAUGGGGGCAACUAACAGGCCACAGGAGCUGGAUGAUGCUGUUCUCAGACGAUUCACCAAACGGGUAUAUGUAUCUUUACCAAAUGAAGAGACAAGAUUGAUUUUACUAAAAAAUCUUUUAAGCAAGCAAGGAAGUCCAUUGACCCAAAAAGAGCUGGCACAGCUAGCCAGAAUGACAGAUGGAUACUCAGGAAGUGAUUUAACCGCAUUAGCAAAGGAUGCAGCACUGGGUCCUAUUCGAGAACUAAAACCAGAACAGGUAAAGAAUAUGUCUGCCAGUGAGAAAAUACUUGGUGCAAUAGGUUACCACUCCAUGUAGCUUGUGCAUCUGGAGAGGAUGCAGAUGAGGAAUAUCAGAUUGUCAGAUUUCACCGAGUCUUUGAAGAAGAUAAAGCGCAGUUUGAGCCCUCAAACCCUGGAUGCAUAUAUUCGCUGGAACAAGGACUUUGGUGAUACUACAGUUUGAAGAACUGCUGUGUAAAAGUGAGGAGACAGUGCUGCCUGCAAUGAGCAAUUGAUACAGACUGGGAAUGCAGCCAGAGUUUACAGGACUUCACAGAUCUUUAAAUAUCUGCACUGGCAAUUUGAGGUUGAUUGAUUGAAAAAGAAAAAUUAUACAAUGUGAAAAGUUAAUUAAGGCUUCCGUGCCUUUUUAGUCAGGAUUUACUCACAGGGCAUGUAAGUUAAAGCACAAUAAGACCUGGGGUAAGACUUCUAGCAAUCUAAUCAUUGUAUGAACAUUAAUCUGUAUUUUGUUGGCGAUAUAAGGUCCAAUUGUAUUGACUGUUGAAAGAUUUAUACCCUUAGUUGUGUUUUUAAAUUUGUCUCAUGACAUUUACUUUUCCUUGCUCUCUUCCUGGUAACUACUAACUUCUAACUGGAACUUUGUAAAUUUUUUUUUCAGUUUUUAAUAUUUUUAUCCAUACUGUGCCAAAUAAACCAUUUCCCUCUGCAACAGGAAGAACAGCAUUGGGAAUUAGCAUUAUUUAAAAAAAGUAUCCAAAUGGAAAGCAGCUGGUCUGCUACUACCUUGUCUUUUGUCUGGUUAUAGUGUGGCCAUACAGUUCAUAGAACAGUUUUUAAAAGACGACCUUUGGUAGCAGAACAGCAAAAAUCCUAUCAAACCAGUUGAAAUUAAUCAAUUAUUACAUUAUAGAAUUGCUAUACUAAGCCAUUUUUGCCAGCAGUAUUUUUCUUUAAUUCAUUUGUAAAGCUUCCACUGUAGAAUGUUGGUUUAUUCUUAUGGUGUGUUAACUUCUACUUGAAGCCCAACUGAUUUUGGAGAGAAUAAAUGAUUCUGUCAAAUUGUGAAGUUUUAGAACUAGUGUUUCUACUCUGUAUUAGUUUCUGUUUACCAUAACUAAACUUUUAGUUAAAUUUCCAUUCUGGUCCUUGCUUUUUUUAAUCUACAGAGGAGAAUAUUAAAAUAAGUGGCUAGAUAUUUAAUACAUAGCACACACUAACAUUUUUAUACCUUUCAUGUGCUUUGGUUUGUAUACUAAGAUCUAAAAUAAACUCAACUGAUCUUUUUUAAAAAGUAAAAUAACUACGUUCUUUAAAAUAAACACCUGAAUUUUUAUUAAAUAAAUGACGUACUGUAGUAAAUAGAAACACUUAAAUCAUGGUCUUUAACUACUGUAGUAAAGGGAAAUGCAUAUUUGGCCUGUACUGCAUAUGGGCAACAUUUUGUUCACAAACACUACUGUGGAGCUAAACUAUGCUUAAAACAUCAUGAGAAAAUGUCUGUAGGAAGGCAUCCUGUGACAGCUUUGAAAAACGUAUUUUUUCUUCAGUAAUUAAAAACAGAGAACCACUCCACACUUGUGAAGAUUUUUCUAUAAAAAUAGUGUAUGGAUUUUUACUGUCAGUAACUGUUUAAGAAAUCGGUUUUAUACAGCUUGUUUGUAGUUUUUCUUCAGAAAUUGGAAACUGAGUUUUCUAUUAAGAUUGUCAUUAAAAUACUUUUCUUACUGAUUCAGGAAUGGAGCAGUCAAAACACUGAGGACAGUUGAUCUUAUAGUUUUAGCUAUAAAAGGAACUAGCUGAUGUAGAACUAGGGUGCUUACAAUUUUACAACAGAGCCCUCUUUUAUCCAUUGCACAAUAUUGGGAAGUAUAUAACCGCCGAAAGUAUCAGCUGUUCAGAGACGUAAACAUGAUUGUUCUAGUCAUGUUUGAAGAACUGCAGAGAUGGCUUAAUAUUACAAAAAUCAAAUAAGGCAAUAGGAGGUGAUAAGAAAUAGAGGCACUGUUACACUAAAUGCUUUUUAAAGAGUAUAACCAGUUUGUUUAGAAAACUUCAAGAGUGGAAAGUUUCUCAAAUAUGUGGUGUCAUACAUAAUUAAGGUAUGUGAGUUCUGGUCCCGAUCCAUAUCUCAGGACCGCUUGGAAAGGUAGCCACUGCCAGUAGCAUUAUAGGAUUUCAAUGCCUCAGCUUUCUAGAGACUUUUUUAAUAGUUCCACUUUGGGUUCUCUUCUGCCCUAGAAUUUUGAAGCACUUGCUUUGCACUGCUAGAUAAUUCAGUCAUAGGUUUCAUCGCUAAGGUUGGAUAGUACUUCUUGGUCAAUACCUCUUGGUUAACUAGUCAGACCUCUUAAGAUCCCUCAUUUCUCUUUCCAUGAAAUUGUGUAAUUUUGUCUCAAGCACCUUUAUGGUGCAACAAUUACUACUUUAGUUAAAUAGUUUUUAUUGUAGAUACCUUUAUAUUCUUUUCUUUUCUUCUGCUAACCAAUCUAAAUUUUUUUUUAGUCCAUUCCUUCAUCUUUUAUUAGUAGUGUCAAAUUUAAAUAAGUGCUCAUUAGCAGUGUAAUGUUCCACUGGAAGUGCAAGGAUCACUGGUUAAUGGAAAACACCUGGAUGAUGAAGCAUUAUUAGCUAGGGUCAUAGAGAAACUUUAAACAUGCAUAUGCAUCAGAGGGGAAGAGGAUUAGUUCCUUAAUCUCUGCUAUACAGCCAGACAGGUUACUGACCCCUCUUACACUUUUUCUCAAGCAAUUAGGCACUGCAUUUUCUCAGAGCACAGAACUGGAAGAGACCAGGCAAAAGUGCAGCCCGGUACUGUAGCACUUGUGGACUUCUGUCACUACAGGUAUGCCUUGUGAGCAGACGGAGUCCUGGGAAUGGGCCUCAAUAGGAGAAUGGGUCUGCCUUAUCUUCAAGUCCAGCCAUUCCUUCUUGCUUGCCUAGUGGCUCCAUCCAGGUGCUGCGCACAGAGUUUGAGUUAAAAAAACUGGCUUCUGUCACUCAAGGUCAAGAUACUACAGAAAGCCAGGCAUUUUUUGAUGACUAGUGGGAGGAAUCCUUUCUUUAAUCUAGUCCUUCACCUAACAGAGGACCUCAGAUAUAGUGGAGAGUUUCAGAUUUUGGUCCUCUGCGUGAGUAAAAAGUUGAGCCAUGUCAAGAGGCCACUUCUCGUAACCCAGAGUUACAAAAACCAAAGGUGCAGACAAAAAAAUAUAAUUUGUUUGCAGGAAAUUUACCUGAUGACUCAAACUGGAGUGAGGUUGCUUGUAUUUUUGCUCUGAGAGACUUGUAUUCAAGAGUGUCCUUUCGUGAAUGUUUGGUUUCUAAAAUGUUAUAAACAUUGCUAUGGAGUAUUAAGCUAUGUCCUUCUAUUGAUAAAGGAAAAAUGUAUGUAUAAAAGCAUGGUGAGCAGUCGAAUAGUUUUAGUUUCACAGUGUUGGUUGCUCUACAAUAAAAUGUUGCAAUUUGUCUUGUUUUUACUGUUUCUCUGUCAGUUUUGUUGCAUAAAAUCUCCAAAACUAAGAGCCUCUGAUUUAAAUCCAAUUAUUAAAUAGCUAUGACAUUUAAGAUUUUUUGAUGUAAUACCAGAUCACUUGGGGGGGAUGGGGGAAGCUGAGGGGGAACGUGUAUAUACCUCAUAUAUUUAGUUUCUGUAGGACAUGACUCAUUUAAAAAGCUAAUGUAAACCUAAGUGCUAUUUCCUGAUUAAAUGUGCUGAAAUUGAAUGUGUGAUUACCUCAAAAUCAUGCUAGAUUACAAAUAAAGUGGGAACUG